AUGGCUGUGAGAUGGGGCACGGUGUGGAUGCGAGCCUUUCGCCAGGCAUGCAGACGGUGCUCCGACCCUCGGCUGGAGGAACCCGAUUUCAGCCAGGACACUAUGGAGAAGCUUCUGCACAACCUGGUGCUAAAGAUCCUCAAGUACUUCUACCAUGUACCCAUCCAGGCCUCUGACCUCCUGGAAGUCGUGGUGGAUGUGGUGGUGUCAGGGCCGCACGACAGCGCCCGCUGCGAGGGCUGCCAGCUCGGCGUGUGCAGCAGAGCACGGCUGGCCCAGCAGCCCUCGAUGGAUGUGGACAAGGCUAGGUCAUCUCACACCCCGAAACGUUGGGGCACAAGGUCCCGGGUGACCCCGAGUUGCGACCGCUCGCCCGGCAAUAGCACCUUCUCCUGGAAACGCUGGUGCUGCAUCGGCAGCUCUUUGCUCUGUGCUUUGGCAGUGCUCCUCUUCCUCCUGCUUUAUUUCACCAAGUAUUAG